CAGAUGACGACGGGCCACGCCACGCCAUUAACUGUGAAUAGAACGUAGCAGCGAGAUUUGCAUCGGUGAUAAACGAUAUUUUGUGUCAAAACUCAUGGUGCUGCCUCGGGAUCGGCAACAGUGCAGGUCAUAAUCAGGCAUAAUCAGGAAGAAGCACAUCAUCAAGCGGAAACACAUGCAGACCCCAUAUAAUCGAAGAAGAAGUCGACGCUCGCUCAUAAGAGUGCGAAUUCUGUGGCGGCAAUUUCAUCCGUGAACAGGCUUUUAAUUUACAUUUAAAGAUGCACGAGCCCCAUUCAGAAGAUAAAGUGCAGCCGCAACAGGACGAGCAAUUGGUCUGCGAGAAUUGUGACUGUAGUUUUAUGACGAUGUCGGAGCUGCGUGAGCAUCAGAAGGAACACGUUGCCGAGGAUUGUUUUAGUUGCGACAAUUGUGACUACGUGACCUCCCACAAAAAGGAUUUAAUCACCCAUCAGAAGAGCCACAACGUAUCUUCAAUUAUAUGCAUCAAUUAUAAGUAUCAAUGUGAGGAAUGCGGCGAACAAUUCCAGAGCAAGAGCGAUUGCCUGCUACAUCUGUUGUUGCAUACGAAUAAAAAAUUGAUUCGGUGCGACGUGUGUAACGUCACAUUUCGCCAUCCCGAAGGUCUACGAUUACACUCGAAAUUACAUCAACCGGACUAUGUACAGCCAGAAACGGAACACCUCUGCAAGGUGUGCAACAAGCGUUUCUCUCAGAGACAAGUGUUGCUAGUGCACAUGAAGAUCCACGACAUGGAAAACAAGUAUGUGUGCACGAUAUGCGGCAAGUCCAAAACCAGCAAAUUUUUUCUCACUGAGCACCAACGCACGCACACUGGCGAGAGACCUUAUGUUUGCGACAUUUGUGGAAAAAGCUUUAUCUCGCGAAAAUACUUAACCCUACAUUGUAAAACACAUAGGGGCGAAAAACCGCAUGAAUGCACUCUUUGUAAAAAAAGAUUUACUCAACGGUACGCGUUGGUAGUACAUCUACGAAGGCACAGAGGUGAUCGACCUUUUCCUUGCACGAAUUGUCACAAAUGGUUUACUACAAAAGUAUUGCUGAACUCGCACUUGAACACGCACAUGAAACGAGACACUCGACAGCAACAGAAACAGCAACAGCAGCAGCAAGAAAAGUCGCAACGAAGAAAGGCAUCAUUACCGUCCGAAACGGUCACUAUAAUGUUGUAAUUAGGACAGUAAUUGCUUAGAUUCUAUAUUUUUUUUUAUGUAAUCAAGCUUGUUUAUUUCUCUUAUAUGUUUCAUCAGCACAGAUGAUAUUAGCAGAAGAUGCAAAGAAUAGAUAUAAAUGAU